UACAGAAAAAAUAUGACUUUUUCAGCGCUGCUUUUUGGUAAGAAGUGAAGAGGACCUAUAUUUCAUUCUAUCCGCUAAUUCAAUGAAAGCAUCGGUAUGCGCUUUUGGAGAAAGACGCCGUUGGGUCUUAUAUGAAUUAGCCUACUGGUUUUUGACAAGGAUUCUCUUGGAAACAUCGGUGUGAUUAAAUUGACCCCAUCCCCCACCCCCAAUUGUUUUUCUACAUUCGCAAAUGCCUAACGCGGCAAAUCAUUCCCGGGGCCAUAAUGAUAAUUAAAGGAAAUAAGCGUCUUGAAAUUCGCACUGGUCUGUGAGAUACUGGAUAAAAGAAUAAGAAAAAAGUUCCAUCCUAAACGACGACGACAGAAUGAACCAGUCUGGGUGCUUUACUUUUGCUUUCUGGCGAAGGACGGCAAGGGGAACGUGGAGAGAGCGGUCAGUUUCAGCAGUAAGUGGUUACUGUUGAAGGAGGUGCUGUAAGUGGUUGCGAGGCUGUGCAUAAAACCAUAAUACAUAUCAUUAAUCAGCGUUAUUAAAGAAUGGGACACCAACGCCAAUCAGGAUCUGAUUUUAUUUAUAUGUAGUGCCAAGAAAAGUGCUGGCUUCUGUCGCAAUGAUGGACAAAUCGGUGUCCGGUUAAUACGGUAUGCAUUUGUACUGCAUCACAAAGUGGCGCGUGUCAGUUUGAUAUUUCAUCGUAUGGAGAAAGUACACAGGACAGCAUAUGGAUGCGCAUGUUUCAGAUUUCAGACUUGGUGAAGGAUCUAGCGAUUUUGGCUUCGAGGUGUAGCCUGAAGUCUGCGUGGCGAAAAACUGUGCGCAUGAAAAUUGCAGAUGGAGUUUCGUCGCGUUUGUCGUGGGGAAGGAGUCCAAGAGUGCGCUCCCUGCUUUUAACUGAUAGAAAAUUUCGAGAAAACGACAGAGAAACUAUCACUGCUGUGCACUUAAAGGGCGUCUGUAGUCUAUUAUAAGGAUGUGAUAGUGAGCCACCAGGUGAAACUGAGUGUGAAGAUGUCCAGAGACUGCUGGCACUGUGGAUAAUUUGGCAGCUUUCCCAUUACAACGCACCCCAAAGAUUGGACAGCCAUCCUAUGAAUUAUGAAUGUUGAACAAGAUGACCUUCUUCCCACAGCAGCAGAUGAUGAGAGGUCCUAGGUGGAACCGGGCCUUGUCCGACCCAUUGUUUAUACUGUUGUUGGCCUUGCAAUUGCUAGUGGUUGCUGGCUUGGUGAGAGCCCAGACUUGUCCAUCCGUCUGCUCUUGCAGUAAUCAGUUCAGUAAGGUUAUCUGUACACGCCGUGGCCUGAGAGAUGUACCAGAUGGUAUCUCGACAAACACGAGGUACCUAAACCUACAAGAAAAUUUAAUCCAGGUGAUCAAGGUAGACAGCUUCAAGCACCUACGGCACCUGGAAAUCCUGCAGCUCAGCAAGAACCAUAUUCGUAGCAUUGAGAUUGGAGCAUUUAAUGGGUUGGCCAGCUUAAAUACACUGGAACUCUUUGAUAACAGGUUAACUACUAUACCUAAUGGAGCAUUUGAGUAUCUGUCAAAGUUAAAGGAGUUAUGGCUGCGUAAUAAUCCAAUUGAGAGCAUACCAUCCUAUGCCUUCAACCGGGUGCCCUCACUGAGAAGGCUAGAUUUGGGUGAGUUGAAAAGGCUUUCAUAUAUUUCAGAAGGUGCUUUUGAAGGCCUAAAUAACCUGCGUUACCUGAACCUUGGCAUGUGUAAUCUAAAGGAGAUCCCUAAUCUCACACCUCUGGUACGCUUAGAUGAGCUGGAGAUGUCAGGAAAUCAGCUCUCAGUUAUACGACCAGGUUCUUUCAAAGGCCUUGUCCACUUGCAGAAACUGUGGAUGAUGCACGCUCAGAUCCAAACAAUUGAAAGGAAUGCCUUUGAUGAUCUUCAGUCACUUGUGGAACUGAAUUUGGCUCAUAAUAACCUUACCCUGCUCCCUCAUGACCUCUUCACACCGCUACACCAUUUGGAGAGGGUGCACUUGCACCACAACCCAUGGAAUUGUGACUGUGACAUUCUCUGGCUUAGCUGGUGGUUAAAGGAAGUAGUACCAGCCAAUACCAGCUGUUGCGCUCGCUGCAGUACCCCUGCUACCCACAAGGGACGGUACAUUGGUGAGUUGGAUCAAAACUAUUUCCACUGUUAUGCACCUGUCAUUGUGGAGCCACCUGCUGAUUUGAACGUGACAGAGGGAAUGGCAGCAGAACUAAAAUGCCGAGCAAGUUCACUGACAUCAGUCAGUUGGAUUACCCCCAAUGGGUCUAUCAUGACGCAUGGCGCAUACAAGGUGCGCAUUUCUGUGCUGAAUGAUGGGACAUUAAAUUUUACAAAUGUCACAAUGCAGGACACAGGGACAUAUACAUGUAUGGUUAGCAACUCGGCAGGCAACACCACUGCCUCUGCUACACUAAAUGUAUCCUCAACAGAGAACAGCACUUUUAGCUACUUUACCACAGUGACCGUAGAGACAAUUGAGCCAUCAAAUGAUGAAGGGAACAACAUAGUACACCAGAAAGUAGGUCCGACUACUUCUUCUGGAGUGUGGGAGACAUCUUCUGCACUGUCAUCAACCAUGACAACCCAAACGCAAGUCUCCACCAAGGCCACAGAAAAAACAUACACUAUCCCAGUCACAGCACUGGGAGAUGGCUCCCUCAACACCCUAGAUGAGGUGAUGAAGACCACUAAGAUAAUCAUUGGCUGCUUUGUGGCCAUCACACUAAUGGCUGCAGUUAUGCUGAUCAUCUUCUACAAAAUGCGCAAACAGCAUCACCAGCAGAAUCACCAUGCACCAACACGAACCAUUGAGAUCAUCAAUGUUGAUGAGGACUGCAUGGCUACUGGACCAACCUUGGAGGGUCAACUGACCCUGGCACGUCUUGAGCAUGAGCAUCUUAAUCACUAUAAUACUUACAAGACAGCAUACAAUCAUGCAUCUACCAUCAACUCUAUACACAGCUCUGCACACGAACCUUUGCUUAUUCGGGCCAGCUCAAAAGACAAUGUACAAGAAACCCAGAUCUGA